CGGCCGCCGACGGGGUUGGCGGCGGCGAGCACCGAGCACCGCGCCUGGAGCUGGGUCACGAUCCCUGCCUUGCUGAUGGAGAUGGACUGCUGCUCCAUGGCCUCGUGGAUGGACACGCGGUCCGCGUCGUUCAUCUUGUCGAACUCGUCGAUCAGGCACACGCCCUGGCGUGUGUGUUGGAGUGGAGGCCCCCCUUCCCCCUCCUUCUCCACCACCACCACCACCCCAAACCCUGACACCCUGAACCCCAAACCCCGACCCACCCGAUCCGCCAGGACCAGGGCUCCGCCCUCCAGCGUCCACUCCCCCGUGAUGGCGUCCUUGUGCACCGAGGCGGUGAGGCCCACCGCCGAGGCGCCCUUGCCCGUUGUGUAG